AUGGCAAAGUCCACACCGCUCCUCCUGGCUAUAACGACACUGCUUGGCUGCGUCUUGCACUUCUUAUCAGUUGUUGCUGUCCAAAAUUUGCCACUUAAUAACUUACCGCAAUGGGAUUUCUGGCCGCCGCUCAUCGGAGGUGCCCCCUUCACUAUCCGGUACCUAUCGUCGAAGCCAGGUGGUAUCCACUUAAAACGCCAGAGCUUUGAGCCCAUUGAUCUCUUCGAGCUGCAUCACGAUAAAUACAUUCGCAAUGCACUGCUAUACGGUAGUAUCCUGCUCGAUCCGAUCUUUCCGUCCGAUAUAACGACGGAUUUGGCCAUUCAGGCAGCCUUCAAGGCAGCCGUAAAGUCCAUCAAGACUUACGCAAACGUCCACGUUUCAGCGGAUAUUAAAGUGACGCAAGCCACUGUGCUCCCGCUAAAGGUAACCGGAGACAACGGAGAAUCGGAGAUGUCGAUCUUGCAAGAGUACACGGGUGUCGAUGGCCAGACACUCCGCUUCACGAGUCAAGUGACGUUCGGUUUCAACUAUUAUCUGACGCUGGAGGACACCAAGUUCAACCUGAAGCAUCGCAUAGUGGUAGCACUCGAUCGCGAAGCAGAGCACAAUGUGUUCCAUCACACGUUUGCGCCUUUGGAGAAAUCAUCCAGUACAGAAUUACAUGAAGCAGCCGAGUGUGGUGUCAGUAGAGAAGACGAAUGCUUGUCUGCUUCGUCGGGACCGCGUAUCUUGUCGUACAAUGUGUGGAACACAAACCCUUCGUCAGACGUGUAUGGUGCUAGACGUCGGUGGGAUCAGUAUAUGAAACGUUUGGACCAUCUUGUAAAUAUCGUCAUUGAAGCACAAGCCAGUAUCAUCGGUUUUCAGGAAGUGCGCUAUGACGGCGUCUUCGGAGAGCCUGGUAAUCACGGGCAGGUCAAGCAUCUCGCGGAUUGUUUACCAGGGUAUCAAUACGUGUACCAGGCUGCGAUGAGCUAUUUGAACGUAGAUAAGCCUUACGAACGCAUUGAAGAGGGCCCAGCUAUCUUCUCAAAGCAUCCGAUCGUUGCAACCGACUACUUGUUGCUCAGUCGCGACCCAAAUGAUCCAAAUGACUCCCACCAGCGGUUAUGCCUCCAUGCGGUGAUCGAUUAUCCGCACUGGGGCGAAAUCGAUGUGUAUGUGACUCACUUAUCACUAAGCGAACGAUCAAGGGAACAGACAAUGGUCGAGAUCUGGGAGUACAUGCAGCAAGGUCAGGGUAAAACGCAGGUGCUUCUCGGUGAUCUAAAUUCGGAGCCACAGUCUCUCGGGAUUCGUUUCCUCAGUGGUACUGCAGAGCUGUUUGGUCAGACAACGGAUAUGAAGGACGCAUGGUUGAUGGCAAAUCAAGAAGCUGAGACUCGGUCAACGGACGUAAAGGAUCGUCAUUCUAAGUUUACGUUUUCCAGUGACAACCCGUCGAAGCGAAUUGACUUUGUGUUGUAUCGUGGCAAAGGCCAGGUCAAGGAGUGCAAGAUCAUUGGUCAGGAACCUACAGAAGACACCAAGGGUUUUUCAGAGGAUGUAGGGAUGUUGCACCGAUUCAGUCGUGUAUACGCGUCGGAUCACCGGGGCGUUGUUGUUGAACUCAAGUGA